GCAUCUCGAGACAAAACAAUGGCACUUAUAUAUUUUAAGAUAUUUCUGAGCAGGUUAUAUUCAGUUGAGACAGGUCACACAUUCAUUUUAGUCUGGAACUAGCCCUAAACCUUGUCUGUAAAACAGGGCCCAAGUGUCCCAGUUUAUUUAAAUUCACCCUUAACAAGAACAGACAUUUUACAUUUUCUACAGGCUGGGGUUAAAGAGAAAAUAAUGAAACAGUUGUAUGUUUAACCAAUCUGUUUGCUCUCUCAGAGGGGUUUUCCUGGUCAAAGUGUCAGGUUCAGACACUAUAGCAGCAAACCCACACCAGAUAAGCAACCACUGACUAACACUGUUUGCUAAAACCUUGGUAUUCCUUAACAGAACCUUUGGUAUAACGCUAACUUUUCCUGAUUGAACCUGAAAGAAAUCCUUUAUUGUUGCAGUGAACACGUGUGAUAUUGGAGGCCGUUAUGAGUGGGAAGAGCCUGUUGCUGAAGGUCAUUCUGCUGGGGGAUGGUGGUGUGGGGAAAAGCUCUCUCAUGAACCGCUAUGUCACCGACCGCUUCGACUCGCAGUCCUUCCACACCAUUGGCGUGGAGUUCCUCAACCGCGACCUUGAAAUAGACGGCAAGCUGGUCACCCUCCAGAUUUGGGACACGGCAGGCCAGGAGCGCUUCAAGAGCCUGCGCACGCCCUUCUACCGUGGGGCGGACUGCUGUCUGCUAACGUUUGCCGUGGACGACCUGCAGAGCUUCCAGAACCUGGGCUGCUGGAAGAAGGAGUUCAUGUAUUAUUCAGAUGUACGAGACCCUGAGCGGUUUCCCUUUGUGGUGCUCGGGAACAAAGUGGACAAGGAGGACCGUGUGGUCGGGGAGGAUGAAGCCAGGGCGUGGUGUGAGGAAAACGGCUGCUGUCCAUAUUUUGAGACCAGCGCAAAAGACGACACCAACGUGGGGUCUGCUUUUGAGGCGGCGGUUCGGGAAGUUCUGGCUGGUGAGGACCUGAUAGACCACACCCUGUUGAGUAGUACCAUCGAUCUCCAUGGAAACCGUAAAGUGGCUCGCUCUUCCUGCUGUUGAGGUGCCUUGAAUUGGCCCUCAGCCUUUUUGUUUUAUAUUCAAAGACCGAAACUCUCUCAUGCUUUACAUGUUUGAUGGCUUAAAGUGUAGGUACAGGCACAACUGUAGCCAGGCGUGUCUCUUGGCUACAAGUGUAACAGAUUUAUGGUCCUAUGUAAUGCGUAUGUAAGAGUAAAGUUAUGUUAUAAACACUUAAUCCUCCUUCCAUCUGGUACAAACAACAUAUUUUUCUACUGCCAAAAGCUUGAAUGCUUGUAAUUUGGCUCGUCUUAACUGUGUUCUGUAACUCUUAACUGGAAAAACUUCAGCAGAUUCGAAGUCGUCCUCUGAUAGGUUAAGAUUUCUGGGAGACGUGCAUGUCGUGUUCUUUAACAACACAAAGCAGUCUGCUCCGAGAAGUAAGCUGUCGUGGUUACAAAGAGAACGCAUCAUGAUCUGCAAAACGCAGAAUUUUUGUUUGUGUGUAUGUGAGGGGUAAUGGCAUGAACCCAUAAUUGUGUUCUUAACUUUGGACACGUUUGUGAACGAUCACGAGUCUGUUACUUUUGUUACAUUUCCACCUGUCAGUCAUAUGCCCUCUUGGGUCGUCAUCGGCCAUUCAAAGCAACAUUUGUUCUUUCUUCAGUAUGAAAGGUCAGGCUACGCAAGACUUGUCUUCUUCAUUCUGCUGUUUUGUGUGGAGCGUUGUGUUAUGGCAUACCAUUUGUACCCUGUUCCAAAAUGCAUCUUCACAUGGAUACAUAUUUUGCUAUCAGUAGAAUGCUUUUGGUCAUAUUUGUGGGUCAUUUUUCAUCCAUUAAUGGGAUGCUUCCAUGAAAAAAAAUGGUGUGAUUCUAAACCCAUAUCUUUUUGUUUCUUCUGCAACAUACAGAAGAUAUUUUAAGGUACGUUGGUAGACCCAACAACAUUGUCCCUUCAAUGACUUCAAUUGUAUGGACACAAAACUGGAAUUUUGCAAAAUAUCUUCUUUUGUCAUUUUGAGGAUAAAUAAAUGAAAAGAAAUUUGGUGGGUUGAACUCCCAAUUAUGUUAUGAGAAAUAAUGCAUAAAUGUCAGGACCGGGUACAUUUAUCACUGUACAAGGCUAAUAAGUAUGUGAUAUUGUUUACAUUACAGAAUUGGAUAUUUGGGGAAAAUGUGUUUAACUGUCGUGAAAAUAAUGAUGCAAUGCAUAAAUCUACUAAAUAAGAUUUCUUCUUUUUUUGUUUAUAUAAUAAUUAUAAAAAAUAUAUGACUCACCCUGUAAUCUGAUAUGUAAAAAAUACACAAUGGCAGAUGAGCACAUUGCCAGUCAUCUCUAACAAACCGUCUGAGGUACAGUCGUUGUAGUUUGUUCUGUUAAAAAUAAGUUUCUUCUGUCAAGGUGUUGAGUUUAUUUAUUUAUUUGAUCCUUUAGUUGUUACAUUGGUAACAGUGUUGGUACAGAAACACUAUGUUGUCUGUUUUGAUUGUGUUUGUUGUUUAGGCAUAUUUCAUGUUUCCAUUGUUAGGUUGUGUUGUGUAUAUUCAAGCAGUUGUUGAUUCGAAUCACAUGAUGAGAGUACUUGAGCAAUGAAAAAGGAAGUUCUCUCUCUCUUGAAUGGGAGGCAUGUGUGUUGUCGGUCAGCUAGAAAUAUAAAUGCACAGUUCCUCUUUUGAAAGAUGUUAGAAGUUUUCUGAGUUCGUAAGUUUACAGUAUUUGUGAAAUGAAGGACUGCCUGUGUAAUGUUCUAGCAGAUCAAUUAUAAUGUACUUCUUUAUUGAUUUGUCCUCAUGCUGAUGCACAUGGUACUAUAACCCUAAAAGGGCACCUGUAAUUGACUUAGUGCAUUCAUAAGUACUUAUCCUUAUUUUCUUUUACUGUAUUUUUGGUAAUUCUAAUGUCCCUGAAUAUAAAUGUGGUCUAAUCUUUUAACAAAAUUAAGCAGAAAAUCUCCUUCAAAGUCGCUUUGGAUAAAAGUGACUGCUAAAUGUAAGUGUAGAACAUUUAAACUUAUAUAAAUUGAUAUAUUCUCUAGAGGCCUCAUAUAUAAAAUGGUGUGUAGAUACCGACCUAAAUUUGAUUUAACUAUCAUUUCUCAAAGUAUAGGUGUGAUUCGUAAUGAAUGUACUGAACGCACUGAAAAUGUGUGUACGCUUCUCUUUCAAAUGUGAAAUCUAUAAAUCAAAAAUAAUCUUGCACAUUUCAAUGUAUAAAUCCUUUACACGAAGCAGGAAUGGCUAUAUUUCCCAAAACAUGCAGCACUUGUAAAAGCAAAAGUGCGUAUGUCUGCUCAAACCCUGACAUUGCGCCCCAGACAAGACCAUUUUUAUAAAUAUGAAUGUGGCCAUGGAUUUUAGCGUUUGAACUCUCUAAAAUCAAAUUUGUGCCUACGCACGUUUUAUAAAUGAGGCCACACCUCUAACUGCAUUAAAGAGAAAAAUGUAUUUCAGUUGACAGAUGUGCUUGCUUGGAACCCAUUUACAUCAAACAUACAUUACCAUAAUUUGUUGUUCUCAUGUUUUAUGUGUAGUGUUUUACAAUAAACUGAUGUUUUUAUUGA